GGAUCAUCAGCCACUUGAAACCGCCGCCGCUGCGAGUGGUUCCGCGUGGCUCCGCGUGGCUUCGUGUGGCUGGCGAAUCAAUCGACUUCGUCUCUCAAGUUUUCACAAGUUUCCCCCAAGUGCCCAAGUGCCGGGGAGUGGCAUGUUUCAGGGGCCCCGCCGGCGUUGGCUGGUUGGCUGGCGUUGGCUGGCCUCAUGGACCCGUCUCUUUUCCACCAACAAUCGAUCGAAGGCCAUCCCAGCCAUCGCGGUGCAACAUUCUGAAUCUGGACCCCCGAAACACUCGCCUUGCCGGGGGAACGAAAAUCUCAAUUGGCUGCCCCUGUCGUCCCGGGGGGUCGCCGCUGUGAUGGCCAGCACGGACUGCAUCUGCAUUGCUGGUCCUGGCGGGACGCGGCAGCUGUGCUACUGGAUGUUGGAGUCGUGUCUUCCAAGACGGACGCCGAGUGUGGCCAAUCCGCACCCAGGCGUAAUUACUACGGACUUUUGCGUCCAUCUCUUGGAUAUUUAAUAUAUUGUGCCAAUGCUCUCGGCGAAUCCGUUCCUUUCCCAGCGGUGUUGUUACGGCUGCUAGAUUGCACGCCCCUUUCCCUUCUCUCUUCCUCCCUUCUUCUACACUUCGUUUCUGGCUGUUUUGCCUCUUCAU